AUGUGGACCACUUCUGCACCCAAUUCGGGCUCAAGACUAAGAGGCGACGGUAUCAAUGGCGCGAAUCGAUGGGUGACGGCAUACAAGGAGUCGUCGACUAUCAUCGCAAUGGACUCGUCGUACGGUUUGUCGGACUUCACGCAGAAUAUCAUCAAAACUCUGUUACAGCGCUUCCCGGCGUCCGAUAAGGAGAAGAAGGAGACCUCUCUUUCCUGCCAUUCCUCGCGCACUGAGCACCGACUGGUGGGCAACACCGGUGCCGGCGCUCACCAGCAGUUUGAGUCGCAACGGGAGUUAAACUGCACGACUGGCCGCUUGUCUAACAUUAUCCCUCAGAUCCCAAUUCCGCCGCCAUUUGCUUCCGGAAGAAUGGAUCAGACGAUAGCCUUCCGGAAGUCACUCCCGAUUUGGCUCAAGAGGACUGACGUGAUGGACGCCAUCGCCUCCAAUCGGAUCGUUGUGGUGAGCGGUGGCACCGGUUGUGGAAAGACUACGCAAAUACCGCAGUAUAUCCUCGAGCACUGCAAUCGCGGGUCAGCCACAGAGCGCAUGGAAGUCAUCGGACAGACCGUCGGCUAUCAGAUCCGGUUGGAGAGC